GGAAGGUUCAGGUAUUUGUCACCCAGCUGAGAAAAGGAUGGAUUGUGGAAGAGCCUGAUGAAGGCUCAGCAGCACUGCAUGGCUUUCUCAGCACUGCAGGUCCAGCGCUGUGCAUGAGGUUUGGGAAUGCUGUAAAAAAAUUUAAAAAAAAAAGUCACAUAUACACAGAGCACUGCGUUCUCACACUGCCCAAACGGAAAGCCUGUGUCUGGGGAGAGAGGCUGGUUUCAGUGGGAAUUACGUACCAGUUGGAAUCCAGAGCAGGAAGGCCCAUUGGCCAUGGGAGGCUCCAGGCUGAAGGUGGGGGCUGUGUGUCUAGGCUUGGUGCUCUUGCUGUGCAUGCUCCACUCCAAUGCCCAGGAAGAAUACUCCGGUACUCAAUCAGGUGAAGACCAUACAUAUGAAGGCUCUCUAGUAAAUGUAUAUGAAGGCGAGUCUGGAGACCCACAACCUGGGGUCACCAUGAUCACAGAGGAAACCUACACAUAUGAAAGCAGCACAGAGUCUUACGACUAUGCCAAAGAGGUGACCACUCUGACCACCCAUGUCCCGUAUGGAGAGAAUGCUCAUCUAGGGGAGGAGAGACCCACUGAGUGUGACUGUGAACCAGGCGAGCCAGGGUUUGCUGGCUUUCCUGGCCCCAAGGGAUCUGUAGGGCCACAAGGAAAGCAGGGAUUUCCUGGUCUUCAAGGCAGGGAGGGAUACAAAGGAACCAAAGGGGUUCGAGGACGAGUAGGAGAUCCAGGCCCUGAAGGUGAACCUGGGCUUGAUGGAGAGGAUGGUGAAUCAGGUUUCUCUGGUGCAAUGGGUUUACCUGGGCUUCCUGGGGACCCAGGUGAGAGGGGCGAGUUGGGAUUAAAGGGUGAGAUUGGGUUGGAAGGUCCACGUGGAGGAGUUGGGCUUUCAGGAGAGAUUGGCCCAGAUGGGCCAAUUGGUCUACCAGGAACUGUGGGAGGUAAAGGUGUUAAGGGAUCACGUGGGAAACCUGGGAAGCAGGGGUCUCAGGGAUCACAGGGACCAAAGGGUCAGACUGGAGCACCUGGUUUUCCUGGAGAUGUUGGGGAACAGGGGUACACUGGUUAUCCAGGAAUACCAGGAGAUAGAGGAGUGCCAGGACCAAAGGGUGAUGAAGGAUUUAGUGGCUUGCCAGGAAGUGAUGGAGAGUCGGGAGAUGAUGGUCCAAUAGGAGUUCCAGGAAUUGAAGGGCCACCUGGGACGUUAGGACCAAAGGGUUUGAAGGGGGAACCUGGCCCAAGGGGACGUCCCGGGAGAGUGGGGGCUGGGGGCCCACAAGGGGAAAGUGGUGAUUCAGGGAUUCCAGGAAAGCCAGGUCCGAAAGGCCUGAAGGGUCCAACUGGUGCCAAAGGGGAAACUGGAGAAGAUGGCAUGAAGGGUGAAGUAGGACGAAGAGGACAGAAGGGUGUUAAGGGGGAAAAGGGAAGUUCAGGCUCACAUGGUGACAAAGGGCAGCAAGGAGUGAAAGGCUAUGUCGGAACUAUUGGACCCGUUGGUCGAGUAGGACCUCCAGGUAUUCCUGGCCCCAGAGGUGACUCUGGUCCUGCUGGGGACAUGGGUCUGAAAGGGCGUAGUGGACCAAAAGGAAACCCAGGUGAACCUGGUCCUAGUCUGUCAGAUGAACAAGUUCUACAGCUGUGUCGGGGUGUGGUUUCUGCGCAAAUCUCUCAGUAUGCCUCCUCUAUUCGAGCAAAGUGUUCACAAGGGUGUCCUAUCAACAACCGCACUCUGAUUGGACCACCAGGACUUCAAGGGCCUCCUGGAAGUAGAGGCAAAUCUGGGAAAGCUGGAAAAUCUGGAGCUAAAGGAGCCAGAGGACCUCAAGGUGUAAGAGGUCUAGAAGGACAGAAGGGAGCACAGGGUGACAGAGGAGCAAAAGGUCAAAAAGGGCAGAAAGGUGACCCUGGCCAAGGACUUCCUGGGCAAGAUGGUCACCAAGGCCCCAGAGGGCUUCCAGGUCAUCCAGGCGUGCCAAAGGAUGGACUUGAUGGACCUCAAGGACCUCAGGGGUUCCCAGGGCCAGUGGGUCAGCCAGGUAUGGCUGGUAGUCCAGGUGUCCCAGGGGUGUGCGAGGCACGGGACUGUAGCAUUUAUGCACCUGUUGUCCGUAAAGAGCAAGGACUAGUAAAGGGCCCUCAAAGUUCUGGGAUUUAAGCACAAACAAGGAUGGUCGGCAUUCAGUCUGCUUCACAAGAGUAAACUACCCAGGCUGCAGUCAAGUGCACAUUUUGGAAGACUUACCGGGGAGGACAAAAGCCAACCCAGACCUCUCUGAGAACGUUAUGGUUUUUAUUUUAACCAUAGGAUUCUGUGAUUAUUCUAAAGGAAAGACAGACACGUGACUAAAUAAAUGCAUUCAAGUGUAUAAAUGCAGAAAGGUAAAAAUGCCUUGUGCUUUAUUCAUUGAGGAAAAAUAAGUCUUGGUGUUUUCAGUAUCAGAGAUGCUGUGGCUCCCCUGCAAAUAAAAAGGCAUGUAAAUAAUCUUGUAAUACAUCUUAUGUACAUGUACUGUUUUACUAAAUAUCAUUGUUAAAGAUAAAUGUGUGACUUUUUCAA